AUGCAAAGUUCUCCCAUCUCUGCCCAGCAUGCCCUGACACUGGCCAAAGACAGCAUGGCAUCUCCACAUGAGUUGAAGGAGGAGCUACAGAACCCGGUAGAGGCCCAGUGGUCACUCACUGUGGGAGUGUCAAAUUACCGCUUGCAAAAUAGCUGCUAUGGACUGGAUUGCGUCCCCUCCAAAUGUCAUAUGCUCAAUCCCCAACUCUCCAGUGUGGUGGUGUUUGGAGACUGGGCCUUUGGGAGCCGCGUUUUCUCGGAGCUGCCGGAGGCUCGAGCGUCUCGGAACGCAUCCCGCCGCUGGGGCUGCCGCCGGGGCAUGGGCGCUGCGGGCCUGUUCUGCGUCGUCUUGGCACUCUUCGCGCCGGGGGUCCUCGGUCAGUGUAAAUUCCUGCCAAGGUAUCAUUUUGCUAAGCCUAAAAUUCAGAGUGAUCAGUCUGAGUUUGCUGUUGGGACAUCUUGGGAAUAUGAAUGCCUUCCUGGGUAUAUCAAGAUGUCAUUCCUUAUCACCUGCCUAAAAACCUCCAAGUGGUCAGAUCCUCAGCGAUUGUGUCAACGUAAAUCAUGUGGGAGUCCUGGAGAACUCCUCCAUGGCUCUGUCCUCAUACCCACGGGUGUCCUGUUUGGGUCAACAAUUACAUAUUCUUGUGAUAAAGGAUAUCGACUCAUUGGUGAUUCAUCUGCUACAUGUAUUAUCUCAGACAAUAUUGUAACCUGGGAUAAGGACAUGCCUUUUUGUGAAUCUAUUCCUUGUGCACCACCCCCAGCCAUCUCCAAUGGGGAUUUUUACAGCAGCAGUAGAGAGAACUUUUACUAUGGAAUGGUGGUGACUUAUAAGUGCCACGUUGGACAGAAUGGAAAAAAGUUGUUUGACCUCGUGGGUGAGAAGUCCAUAUAUUGUACCAGCAAAGACAAUCGAGUUGGCAUCUGGAGUGGCCCUCCCCCUCAGUGUAUUACUUUAGUCAAUUGCCCAAUUCCAGAAGUCGAAAACGGAAUUAUAGAAUCUGGAUUUGGACGUUCAUUUUAUUUAAAUGAUACUGUGAUGUUUAGGUGUAAGCCUGGCUUUACCAUGAAAGGCAGCAACAUAGUAUGGUGCCAAGCAAACAGAAAAUGGAAUCCUCCACUGCCAAAGUGCUUUAAGGGGUGUCUACCACCUCCACCUAUCAACCAUGGUAGUUAUAACAUCUUGGAUAAGGAAUUCUUUCCAAUUGGACAGGAAGUGUCCUACAGCUGUGACCCCGGCUACACCCUCAUUGGAACUAACCCUAUUCAGUGUACAUCCUUGGGAACCUGGAGCCAUACAGCCCCUGAAUGUGAAGCAAAAUCAUGUGAUGCCAUUCCAACCCAACUUCUCAAUGGCCGUGUGGUGGUCCCCCCUAAUCUCAAGCUUGGGGCAGAGGUUUCGUUUGCUUGUGAUAAGGGGUACCGAUUAAAUGGCCAAUCUUCUAGUCAGUGUGUCUCAGAAGGAACAAGAGUACUCUGGAAUAAUAAGUUUCCUGUCUGUGAACAUUUCCCGCAGGAGUGUCCAUCGCUUCCCAAGAUCCCCAAUGGACAUCACACAGGGGAGAGUGUUGGCUCCUUUGCCCCAGGAUUGUCUGUGACUUACAGCUGUGAACCUGGUUACUUGCUUGUUGGAGAAAAGACCAUUAGGUGUCUGUCUUCAGGAAAGUGGAGCGCUGCUUUUCCCGGGUGUAAAGAGGCACAGUGUGAACCUCCAGGGCCGUUUCUCAAUGGAGAGAUAGAGGGCCCUCCAAGUCUUCGGGUUGGUGUAACUGUGAACUUUUACUGUAAUGAAGGGUAUUGGUUACAAGGCCAACCUUCUAGUCGGUGUGUAAUUGCUGGACAGCGUGCUUCUUGGACCAGGAUGCCAGUGUGCAAAGAAAUUCUUUGUGGGCCACCUCCUUCUAUUCUCAAUGGAAGGCAUACAGGCAACCCUUCAGGGAACAUCCCAUAUGGAAGCAUGAUCACUUAUGCUUGUGACCGAGGCCCAGAGAAAGGAGUGAGCUUCAUCCUUACUGGGAAGAAAACCAUCCAUUGUACCGCCAAUAGUCAGAAGACUGGAGGAGUCUGGAGUGGCCCUGCCCCACGCUGUGAACUUUCUAGCUCUGCCAUUCAGUGUCCACCUCCCCAGAUCCCAAGAGGCCACAUAUCAUCUGGAUGGAAAGAGCAAUAUUCCUAUAAUGACACCGUGGUAUUUUCUUGCACAUUUGGCUUCACCAUGAAGGGCAGCAAGGUGACCCGAUGUAAUGGCCAAGGUGCAUGGGAGCCAUCGGUACCGGUCUGUGAAAAGGAGUGCCAAGCCCCUCCUAAAAUCCUCAAUGGGCAAAAGGAAGAUGGACACAUGGUCCGCUUUGACCCAGGAACAUCCAUAAAGUACCGCUGUGACCCUGGCUAUGUGCUAGUGGGAGAAAAAUCCAUACGUUGUACCUCUGAGGGGGUGUGGACACCCACCGCCCCCGAAUGCAAAGAAAUCACCUGCCCGCCCCCUCCUGUGAUCUACAAUGGGAAACACACCAGGAGUUCCUCCGAAAAUGUUCCAUAUGGCACCACGGUCACCUACACAUGCAACCCUGGGCCAGAGAGUGGAGUGGAAUUCAUCCUCGUUGGAGAGAGCACCAUCCGUUGUAUAAGCAAUGACCAAGAGAGGGGCAUCUGGAGUGGCCCUGCCCCUGUCUGUAAACUUUCCCUCCCUGCUGUUCAGUGUCCACCUGCCCACGUGGCAAAUGGAUACAAGAUAUCUGGCAAGGAAGCCCCAUAUUUCUACAAUGACAGUGUGACAUUCAAGUGUAAUAAGGGAUUUACUUUGAAGGGCAGCAGUCAGAUUCGCUGCAAAGCCAAUAACACCUGGGAUCCUGAAAUACCAGUCUGUGAAAAAGACUACACCUGUGACCCUGGCUACUUGCUGGUGGGAAACAAAUCCAUUCACUGUAUGCCUUCGGGAAAUUGGAGUCCUUCUGCCCCUCGGUGUGAAGCUGUUCACUGCCCGCCUCCACCAGUGAUUGACCACGGAAGGCCCAGGGGUGUGAUGGCAGAACACUUCCUAUAUGGAAAUGAAGUCUCUUAUGAAUGUGACCAGGGAUUCUCCCUUCUGGGAGAGAAAAAUAUACGAUGCAUCAGUGAUUCUAAAGGACAUGGAUCUUGGAGUGGACCUACCCCCCAGUGCUUCAAAUCUCCUCCUGUGACCCACUGCCCUAACCCAGAAGUCAAACACGGAUAUAAGCUAAACAAAACUCGUUCUUCAUAUGCCCACAAUGACACAGUAUAUGUCGCCUGCAAUCCCGGCUUCAUCAUGAAUGGCAGUAACUUGAUUAGGUGUCAUACCAGCAACCAGUGGGUGCCAGGUGUACCAACUUGUAUCAAAAUGGAGGUGAACUGUAGCUCCCCAGAGUAUAUUAACGGAAUCCAGAAGGGGCUGGAGCCUGGGAAAAUGUAUCAGUAUGGAGCUAUUGUCACUUUGGAGUGUGAGGAGGGGUAUACCCUGGAGGGCAGUCCCCAGAGCCAGUGCCAGGAUGAUCACCGGUGGAACCCGCCCCUGGCUGUUUGCAAAUCACCAGGUCUUUCUGCAGGCUCAGUACUUCUUAUAUUCUUGAUUGGUGUCACCUUAUGCACGAUAUUAAAACACAGAGAACGGGGAAAAGUCAUGCGGAGGCGUUGGAAAGCUGAGCAGCAAGAUUCCACCGCCUUUAUCCGGAGCCGCCCAGCCUCCACGCGGACGACAUCAAGGAAACGAAUCAUCACCAGCUUUUGCUCCUGCGGAGGGCUCCCGAUGGUGGUCGUGGGAGCGAAACUCCUGCGCUCUCCACACUCCGCAGCGCUGGGAGCGAACGCGUUGCCUCUCAUCUCCUCGCUGCGCUCUCUGCUGCGCUUUCCUUCGAGGUCGCACCUCUUCCUGGAGAGGAUGGGAGCCUCUUCUCGGAGGAGCCCGCAGCCUCUCGGGCCGCCGGCGCCCCCUCUCUCCCGCUCCGGAGGAGCCCUCCUCGCGGUUCUGCUGCUGCUCACGCUGCCGGCGGCCUGGGGUAAUUGCAAAGCCCCGGCACAGCUCCCGUUUGCCAGGCCUACAAAACCGAUUGAGAAGUUGGAGUUUCCCAUUGGGGCAUCUUUGAACUACAUAUGCCGCCCUGGUUACUACAAGAAACAGUUCCGUAUCACCUGCCAAGAGAACUUGACCUGGUCAAGUGCUGAAAACAAAUGUGAACGUAAAUCAUGUGGAACUCCUCCAGAACUCAUAAAUGGCAGAAUGACCAUAAACGGAGACACAAAGUUUGGAUCAACUGUUAAUUAUGCUUGUAAUGAAGGAUACCGACUCAUUGGUCAGCCCUCUAGCACGUGCCUCAUCUCGGGCAAUACUGUCGUCUGGGAUAACAACCCACCUACUUGUGAAAGAAUUCCUUGUGGGCCGCCCCCAAACAUUGCCAAUGGAAGUUUCACUAGCAUCAACAGAGAAUAUUUUCCAUACGGGACGGUGGUGACCUAUCACUGCAAUUCUGCACAGAGAGGGAAAAAGCCGUUUGAGCUUGUGGGCCAGCCGUCAAUAUAUUGCACCAGCAAAGACAACCGCGUCGGCACAUGGAGCGGCCCUCCCCCUCAGUGCAUUAUACCUAAUAAAUGCACACCUCCGGAAAUUGAAAAUGCAAUAAUAGUAUCUGAGCGCAAAACCUUAUAUUCCUUAAAUGAAAUCGUGGUGUUUAUGUGUGAGUCCGGCUUUGACAUGAAAGGACCCUCCAGUGUGAAAUGCCAACCUCGAAACAGAUGGGAGCCACAGCUGCCAAGCUGCUCUAGGCUAUGUGCACCGCCUCCGGAAAUUCUGCAUGGUAAGCCCACCCCAAGCGACAAGGACAGUUUUUCCCCUGGGCAGGAAGUAUUCUACAGUUGUGAGCCGGGCUAUGAUCUCAGAGGGACUGCUUCUGUGCGCUGUACGCCCCAGGGAAACUGGAGCCCAGCAGCCCCUACAUGUGCAGUGAAAUCAUGUGAUGACUUCCUGGACCAACUCCCUAAUGGUCGUGUGCUCUUUCCACUUAAUUUCCAGCUUGGGGCAAAAGUGUCCUUCAUUUGCAAUGAGGGGUUCCGUUUAAAGGGAAGUUCUGCUAGUUACUGUACCUUGGUUGAAAUGAAAAGCCUUUGGAACAACAGUGUUCCUGUGUGUGAGCAAAUCUUUUGUCCAAGCCCUCCAUCUAUCCUUAAUGGGAACCACACCGGAACUCCUCAGGGAGACGUUCCCUAUGGAGAGGAAAUUACUUAUAUGUGUGACCCCCGCUCGGCCAGAGGGAUGACCUUCAGCCUCGUCGGGGAGAGCACCAUCCGCUGCACAAGCGACGGUGAAGGAAACGGGAUUUGGAGCGGCCCUGCCCCUUCCUGUGAACUUGCUGGUCCUGCUGGUUACUGUAAAGCCCCAAAACAGUUUCCAUUUGCCAAGCCUACAACUCAGACUGAUGAAUCUGAGUUUCCAGUUGGGACAUCUUUGACUUUUAAAUGUUCCCCUGGGUAUUUUGAGUCUACGUUUUCUAUCACCUGCUUAGAAAACUUGGUCUGGUCCAGUGCCGAAGAUACGUGUAGACGAAAAUCAUGUGGAGCUCCUCCAGAACCCUUCAAUGGCAUGGUACAUAUAAACACAGACACCCAGUUUGGAUCAACAGUGAAUUAUUCUUGUAAUGAAGGGUAUCGACUUGUUGGCUCCCCUUCUGCAGCUUGUCACCUCUCAGGCAAUACUGUCACUUGGGAUAAGGAAACACCUAUUUGUAAGAAAAUCUUUUGUCCAAGUCCUCCAUCUAUCCCUAAUGGGAACCACCCCAGAACUUCUCAGGGAGAUGUUCCCUAUGGAGAGGAAAUUACUUACAUGUGUGAACCCCGCUCGGCCAGAGGGAUGACCUUCAACCUCGUCGGGGAGAGCACCAUCCGCUGCACAAGCGACGGUGAAGGGAACGGGAUUUGGAGCGGCCCUGCCCCUUCCUGUGAACUUGCUGGUCCUGCUGCAUGCCCACAUCCACCCAAGAUCCACAAUGGGCAUUACAUUGGAGAACAUCCAUUUCCAUAUCUUCCUGGGAUGACGGUCAGCUACACUUGUGACCCAGGCUACUUGUUGGUGGGAAGGAACUUCAUCUUCUGCACAUACCUAGGAACCUGGAGUCAUUUUGAACAUUAUUGCAGAGAGGCAAAAUGUAGACUCCCAGCGCAUAUGAAUGGAAUCCAGAAGGACGUGGAAAUGAGAAAAGUCUAUCACCAUGGAGAUAAUGUAACUUUUGAGUGUGAAGAGGGGUAUACUCUGAAAGGUAGUCCCCAGAGCCAGUGCCAGGCAGAUAACACAUGGGACCCUCCUCUGGCCAUAUGUGCAUCUAGCACACACGAUGCUCUCAUAGCUGUCCUCACACGCCUCCGGACAACUGCUGCUGCUUUCCAAACUCUGGGUGUUAACUGUACACAAAACAGAACUUCCAUCUUCGCUGUAGCGGAAGAAGGAAGCCUUGUCAAAACUACAGACGAAAAAUGUAAGGAGAGUAUCCAUUUACAUCCUCAAGAAGACAGCGGUGUAAGUCCUCAAACUGUGCAAACAAAUCAGGAGAACAGCAGGGGCUUGUCACCACACCUCAUCCCUGCAUGCCACCUAGUCAGAGUAUCAGCCUACUACCAUAGCUGUUGGGUGGUCAACAGCUGUUUGCUAAAGGACCGGGGUGAAAAGGGAAAUUACCAAAUUACGUGUACUGAAGUGGCACACACGUAG